AUGGGUAUUCAAAACCAUGUCCUCUUAGCCCUACUAGUCCUUGUUAAUAUAGUUACCAGACUGACCAGUAGUGUAGCAUUUGCAUGGACUUAUGGCAGGGCUGUGAAUGUAAUCGAUCGCAAAAGCGAACUUUUAUCUCCGAGUUACCGCAUAGGUUCUCUCAACCGUAGCAGUUUCCCGAAGGGUUUUGUCUUUGGAGCAGCAUCGGCAGCCUACCAGGUUGAAGGUGCUGCAAGUGAAGGUGGUAGAGGCCCAAGUAUAUGGGAUACUUUCACACACAAAUACCCUGAGAAGAUAGCGGAUGGUAGUAAUGGAGAUGUGGCCAUUGAUUCUUAUCAUCGGUACAAGGAAGAUGUGAAUACCAUUAAAGGAAUGGAUCUUGAUGCUUACCGAUUCUCAAUCUCGUGGUCGAGAGUGUUGCCACUUGGGAAGCUAAGUGGAGGCGUGAACGAGGAAGGAAUUGAAUACUAUAACAACCUCAUUGACGAUCUCCUAGCCAAGGGUGUAGUGCCCUUUGUGACUCUCUUCCAUUGGGAUAUGCCUCAAGCUUUGGAGGAUGAGUAUGGCGGUUUCCGGAGUCCUCAAAUUGUGAAUGAUUUUCGUGAUUACUCGGAGCUUUGCUUCAAGAGAUUUGGUGAUCGGGUGAAGCACUGGAUCACUUUGAAUGAGCCGUGGUCCUUCAGCAGUGCUGGGUAUGCAUCUGGUGCCUAUGCACCUGGUCGAUGCUCUGCUUGGCUACAAAACAAUUGCACCGGAGGAGAUUCAGGCACUGAACCAUAUCUCGUGGCUCAUUACCAGCUUCUUAGUCAUGCAACCGUCGUAAAAUUAUACAGAGAAAAGUAUCAGGCAUCACAAAAAGGAAAGAUAGGAAUUACUCUCGUUUCAGAAUGGAUGGUGGCCUCUUCUAAUUCGAAUCUGGAUGGCCGGGCUGCAGUACGGUCCCUAGAUUUCAUGCUUGGAUGGUUUAUGAACCCAUUAGUAUAUGGUGAUUAUCCACGUACAAUGCGUGCUCUUGUCAGGCACCGACUUCCAAAGUUCACGGAAGAACAAUCCAUGGUGGUAAAGGGAUCCUAUGAUUUUAUUGGCUUGAACUAUUAUACUGCAAAAUAUGCAGCUCAUGAACCCUACUCCAAUGCUCUAAAUGUAAGUUACACAACAGAUUCCCUAGCUAAGCUUACCUCUGAGAAGAAUGGAGUCCCUAUUGGUGUACAGGCUGGUUCAAUUUGGCUCCAUGUUUAUCCGAAAGGGGUUUGGCAUCUUCUACUCUACAUAAAGAGAAAAUAUAAUAAUCCACCUCUUUACAUUACAGAAAAUGGGAUUGAUGAGGUAAAUAAUGCGACAUUACCACUUAAAGAAGCCCUCAUCGACAACUUUAGAGUAAAGUAUUACCAUCGCCAUCUUGCUUUCGUUCACCAAGCAAUCAAGGAUGGUGUCAAUGUUAAGGGAUACUUUGCAUGGACAAUAUUGGACAAUUUCGAAUGGGUUGCAGGUUACACAGUUCGUUUUGGCAUUUACUACGUGGAUUACAAAGAUGGAUUGAAAAGAUACCCAAAACUCUCAGCCAAAUGGUUCAAGAAUUUUAUGCAGAAAUAA